AUGCAUAUAGAAACAACUACGACAAUAGCUGAUAAUAAUGAACAUGUAUCAACAUCUUUUUCUGAUUUAUAUAAUCUUUAUGAAAUUAUUGGAAAAGGUCCAUUCAGUGUAGUUCGUCGUUGUGCCAAUAAAAAAGAUGAUAAACAAUAUGCUGUAAAAAUUGUUGAUGUUGAACGAUUUGCAUCAACACCAGGAUUUUCUACUGAUGAUUUACGACGUGAAGCAACUAUUUGUUCAAGUCUUAAACAUCCACAUAUUGUCGAAUUAUAUGAAACAUUUGAAUCAGAAGGAUGCCUUUUUAUGGUUUUUGAAUAUAUGGAUGGUUCUGAUUUAUGUUUUGAAAUUGAAAAACGUGCUCUUGCUGGUUUUGUAUACAGCGAGGCUGUAGCUAGGCAAAUAUCUAUUAAAUAA